AUGUCCGACCUCAAGAAUCGAAAACGCUCAGACUAUGGUUACUUUCUCUCCUAUAGAACUCGAUGGAGUGACAAUGACCAGUAUUCGCAUAUGAACAAUUCCAUCUACUAUCACCUAUUUGACUCCAUCGUGAACACCUAUCUCAUCGAGCAUUGCGGUCAGAACCCCAAAGAAUCGCCGCUCAUUGGACUAGUGGUAUCUUCAUACGCCCAGUUCUUCUCUCCGGUGGGCUUCCCCCAGGUUCUAGACCUUGGCUUGCGGGUCAACAAGCUGGGAAGCAGUUCUGUGACGUAUGAAGUCGGCGUUUUCGAGCAAGGGAAGGAUUCGCCUGCGGCCGUUGGUGGAUAUACACAUGUUUUCGUUGGAAGCGAAUCGAGGAAGAGCACACCGAUGGCCAAGACGACGCGAGAAGGGCUCGAGAAGCUGUCCAUUCUUCCCAACGUAGGCCAGAAGGCAAAGCUGUAG